UAAUUCUCUUAAAGCUUCCAGGCUAAGGCUUGGACCAACCAGCCACCACCAUUGAGCCCAGCAGCUGGAGCGGCAGCGAGAGUCCUGCCGAGGACAUUGAAAGAAUGAGUGAUUCUGCAGAUAAACCUAUUGACAAUGACGCAGAAGGGGUCUGGAGCCCAGAUAUUGAGCAGAGCUUUCAGGAGGCCCUAGCUAUAUAUCCCCCUUGUGGGAGGAGGAAAAUCAUAUUGUCUGAUGAAGGCAAAAUGUAUGGUAGGAAUGAACUGAUAGCCAGAUACAUCAAACUUAGGACGGGGAAGACACGGACCAGGAAACAGGUGUCUAGUCACAUACAGGUCUUAGCCAGGAAGAAAGUUCGAGAAAUUCAAGCUGCCAUUAAGGUGUCUAGUCACAUUCAGGUUCUUGCCAGAAGGAAAUCUCGUGAUUUUCAUUCCAAGCUGAAGGUAACAAGCAUGGAUCAGACUGCAAAGGACAAAGCACUUCAGCACAUGGCAGCCAUGUCCUCCGCUCAAAUAGUGUCUGCAACAGCGAUUCACAAUAAGUUGGGUUUGCCAGGAAUUCCCCGUCCGACGUUCCCUGGAGCACCUGGAUUUUGGCCUGGGAUGCUACAAACAGGACAGCCCGGAUCUUCUCAGGACAUAAAGCCAUUCGUUCAGCAGGCCUAUCCUAUACAGCCCACAGUCACAACUCCCAUUUCAG